AUGGGCUUAAAAACUGCGAGACCCAGUCACAUGUAGUUCGUGUACAAACAACAAGUAUAUUGUCCCCUUUUCACCAGGUCUCAGGGGGAGUGGCAGAUUCACCUAGUUAAGCCAGAUUGAGGAUCGGAAUGGAGGGAACUAAAAAACCUUGCAAAGGUCUCCUGGAGCGUUUGCGUGACGGGGAGACUGUAAUCUGCGCAGAGGGCUACCUCUUCGUGUUUGAGCGUCGCGGUUACUUGACGGCUGGGUCAUUCGUCCCGGAAGUAGUCAUUGAACAUCCGGAGUUGGUCAGGCAGCAGUAUGAGGAAUUCGUUCACGCUGGAAGUGACGUAGUGUUGGCGUUUACUUACUAUGCACACAGGGAAAAGAUGGCACUGAUUGGUCGUGAACAUGAACUGGAGGCGAUCAACAAAAAGGCUCUGCGCAUGGCACGUGAAGUUGCAGACGAGACUGGGACGCUAAUGGCGGGAAACAUCAGCAACUCCAACAUAUUUGUGGACACAGUGCCAAACUAUCGUGAGAAAAUAAUGAACAUGUUUAAGGAACAGAUAGAAUGGGCAGUAGAGUGUGGUGCAGAUUUCAUUGUAGGAGAAACCUACGACACUUGUGGUGAAGCAUUACUGGCUGUUGAAGCUUGCAAGAAGUUCGGUAAAGGUCUCCCCUGCGUAGUGACCAUCGCGUGCCAGAAAACGGUUAUCAACGGUAAACGGGCAACCAUAGACGGCGUGGAAAUCUGUGAUGCCAUGAAUCGUCUGGCAGCGGCAGGGGCUGAUGUGGUGGGGCUGAACUGCGCCAUGGGUCCAGUGACUAUGCUGAACGUUGUCGAACGGGCAGUAACGGAAUGCAAGGCACCACUUGCAGCAGUACCCGUGCUGUAUAGAACCACUGAGGAGUAUCCCAACUUCAUAUCUUUAAAAGAUCCGCAAACAGACAAGCCGAUCUUCCCCCUGGAUCUUGACUGCGUCCAGUGCAACCGCACGGACGUCCACAACUUCGGCAAGCGCAUUCAGGAACUGGGCAUCAAGUACGUAGGUCUUUGCUGCGGUAACUCCGCUCACUACACCCGUAGCCUUGCCGAGAGCCUUGGCCGUAAACCACCGGCUUCUCGGUACACCCCGGACCUCAACAAGCACUGGCUCCUCGGCAGCGACGCUAGCCUGGCUCCCCUCGACAAUGACCACAAGGAGACCAAAUAUUCACAGAACCUUGUUCAACCUAAAUAAAGUUCAAGGAGAUUCUGGAAGACGUGCGAGCUACUCAGUUUCUUUUCGUUUCGCACCGUUAGUACUCAUCCUGCUAUUUGUGCUAUGUGCCAUUGGAUAAAAAAUAAUUGUAAAACAAAAUCAUAGUGUAGAAUGGGUUUGAUUUUUUUCCCGAAUGAAUAAUCGUUAAAAAGUUGUUUAUAACUGAAUGAUGGAACUUUGAUCACCGAAUUACAAAUUAAUCAACCAUUCUGGUAUUAUCUAUACUCCUGGCAACAAUAUUAGUAUAGUAAUUUUAGAAUUGGUCUCUUUCAUUAUUCGAUUGUGUCAACUGUACACGUGCGCCUUAACACUAUAACUGGUUGGCAAACUAUGUCCCCUUUGGAAACCACGGCUUCGGCUCCAGAUUCAGCUCCCCAGUCUAGCUUUUGACAACACCCAACAUAAUCAUAACAACAAAUUUAAAAACAUCGAUUUUGUUAUUUAUGUACUUUUAGGUUGCCUAAAUCUCGAGUAAACUUGCAUGGUCUUACAUUUUUGUCAAAAGAUUAAUAAAGAUCUUAAAACAGA